CGUGCUUCUUUCGCUCUCGACAGGGACGCCAAGAAGAAGCUGCGCCUGGCGCUCUGCUCCGCCGACUCCGUAGCCCUCCCGGUGUUGUCCCAUUCCACGCGGAACGGCCUCCCCGACCACACGGACCCUGAAGACAACGAAAUCGUCUGCUUCCUCAAAAUCCAGCUGGCUGAAGCCAUCAACCUCCAGGACAAGAACCUGAUGGCCCAGCUCCAAGAGACCAUGCGUUGCGUCGGCCGGUUCGACAACCGGACUUGCCGGAAACUGCUGGCCUCCAUCGCCGAGGAUUACAGGAAACGGGCCCCUUACUUCACCUACCUGACCCGCUGUCGCCAGGGCCUCCAGACCACCCAAGCCCACCUGGAACGGCUGCUGCAGCGAGUGCUGAGGGACAAGGAGGUGGCCAAUCACUAUUUCACCAACGUCUGCGUCCGUCUGUUGCUGGAGAGCAAAGAGUCCAAGAUCAGGGAAUUCAUUCAGGAUUUCCAGAAGCUGACCGCGGCGGACGACAAAACGGCCCAGGUGGAAGACUUCCUGCAGUUCCUCUAUGGGGCGAUGGCCCAGGACGUCAUCUGGCAGAACGCCAGCGAGGAGCAGAUGCAGGACGCCCAGCUGGUGAUCGAGCGCAGCGUCAUGAACCGCAUCUUCAAGCUGGCCUUCUACCCCAACCAGGACGGGGACAUCCUGCGGGAUCAGUGAGUCUCCUUGUGGCCCUGGGGGGGGAGGUUCUCCGUCCAGG